CAUCUCAUCGCAUUCGCAAGACAUCUCCAUCGGCCAUCAGCCAUCUGCUCGCCAACCCAACCCCAAGCCGUCAUGUUCGAAGCGCAAGCCCUCUUGCCCGGACCCGCCGAUAAAGAUGUCGAGGAAUGGCCACUCCUUGAGCUCUCCGACGUGUCGGUUGUCCGUUUCCGCCGUGGACAUCCGGAAGAGCUCGUCAACCUGUUCGACGUGACCGAAUUCGGGCCGUUUCGCGUUAAGGGGCGAUUGGGACCUACCCCUCGUAAAUAUAAAAAACUCGUGCGCACUCCUGAUGCCCUCACGCAGCAUAUCAUCAUUCCCAAGGUCGUUACGUUUAGCAUGGAGCAGAUAAUACGGAAGGGCAGCGACGUCAUGGAGACGGUGAUCUGGGUCCUCGGUGGCGCUGCAUGGUACCGCAUCUCCCCCGCCCCGGAGUAUCGAGCACAUUUCGCGACGCUGGUCGAGAAGGCGAACGCAUGGCUAUUCAUGAGAGAGAGGUAUGCCAAAUUUCAUGGGCGUGGUAAGCCAUUGAAGGAUACUGUCAUGGACAUGUUCAAAGAUUACAUAGGAGUCGAACCGGAAUGUCGAACGGCAAGAGCGGCAUCUAAGAUCUUCGAGACGCAUCAUCGAUUCCUGCUAUUCAUGAUGUUGAAACCCGAGAACGACGCGGAGAUGUGGAAACGUUCACCGAUUUUCUUACACUUUCAGCAGGAGCACGAGGAAACGGUGUUGGAAGUCAUGAUAUUUUACGGACAUUUGAAGAAGGAUAGGCUGGAGCCCAAACGGAACCCGGCCUUCGAAACGCCGGCGGUCGAUGACGGAGACGAAGAGGAAGACGACGAAGAAGACGGCGACGAGAGUGACGAUGAUGAUGAUGAUGGCAUGGAGUGCACGCCUGAACCUUUGGAGGAACAGACCGGAAAGACAGUGUCGUCUAAAGGCCGAUCGAUCCUGCGGCCGAGCCGUAACGAAAUACCCAUCGAACCCCCAAGUCCUGAGAGCUACCCAGUGCUUGACGAUGCCUCACCGAUCGAAACACGGCUGAAACGGCGAUGUGACUCAGACACCAUCGUUGUCGCCGGUGAAAGUCGGUUGAAGCGGCAAAUAAUGUCUUCGCCGUCCGAGUCCCCUCCUCCGACGCCCGACAUCAGCGAGUACCGACGCGGUGGAAACUUAGAGAUGUCCAAAAGAUCCAUGAAAUCGACAGGACAAGGCACUAGGAACUUGGGUGCACGGCUUUCGAUGUUGAGCGAGGAUUCGUACUGGAAAUGCACGCUCGACGGGCUACGGUGCAGCCACGUAGUGCCGAACGCAAAGACGCGCGAUGGACGACACGCGAUCGAGCAGCACUACGCAUUUCAUGGCCGAGUCAUGGCGGAGGCGAUGCAGACGAUCGACAUGGAGACACAGACCAGCUCGGGAGGCGGAUACCGCGUCGAUCAUCUCAUGGACAAGAUCCGCAUGAUGAGCCAAAAGUGGGAGCAGAGCAAACCUUCCCCACUAAAAGGGCUGGGCGAAUGAUGUACAGGUGAUGAGGCUUUGCCCGGCAAUGCAGUUGCACAUCGACUACCAGCAUCUCGCGCAUCACUUCGCGGCGGGUUCGCGGGUGAUUAACGAUGAUUAUGACGGAUGUCCGAUAGCAAACAUACGAACUCACGUCACCUUUAACGCGGUAUUUGUAUGGCUAUCACUAGAGACCGCAAGGGAUUGUCACCCUUUGGCGAGGAAUUUCUUGGGCCGACAUCUGGAGUUUUUGUUUGGCAAUGCCAUCAUAGAUACAUUUUUUGGAGUCUUUAGGGAGUUUAUGCUGGACUUUGGGUGGGGUUUGCGGGUUGUUUUGGUGUUGGAAAAUGUACAGUUACUAUAUCGACUUUCAAUUCCUUUUAUA